GCAGCGAUGAGAUGUUAAAUUGGCCGGUAGCUGAGACUAGCUUAUGGACGAACCAAUCAGAGUUAAUAUCACCAGUCAUGGAUUCGGGGACGUAAUUUAUCCAUUCAUUUGGCUAAAUCUUACUUAGGCAUUAUAGCCGAUGUCAGUUCGUGAUUGCAAACCUGAAUCUAUCUCUUAGUCCUAACGCAUGGCUGUGUUUCAAUUCAAGCCAUGCUUCCAAAUUUACCCAUGCGGUUAGUAAAGAAUCUUGUGAAUUUUCCGGCUGUUGUUAGACAAUCUAUUAUUGACUCGUAUGAAAAACUAAAAUCUACGGACUAUCGUCCAAUUUAUGAAAUUUACGAUAAUCUAACUGGAUUGGAUCGUGUUAGAUCCUUACAUGUUGGAGUCGCUGAAGCUGAAAGAAACUUCGUACAGAAACAAGUCGAAAGAAGAGCUUGUCAAACGGAAGUGUUUCAGUUAGAAGAAGCUAGAAAUCGAAUUAACAUACAACUAGAUAGUGUUAAACGUAGUGAUGAAAGUUUUUUGAAAUUAGUUACAGAGUUGCAUGAGCUUUCACGUCAACAUCAACAAGCUCGUGAUAAGUUAACAUCUAUUGAAUUAGCUGAACAAGUAACAUUUGAACAAUUCUCUAGUAUUCUACGUCAUUCACAAGCUGAAGAACGCAUUCAAGCUAGCCGAAUGCGACAAUGGACUGUUGGAUUUAGUUUAGCUGCUGGUUUGGUUGGUUUUAGCGCUACAUGGAUACGUUUUCGUCAACUUGAUAAGCAAAAUGCAUCAUCACUUCGCCUAACUUCUGCUACUGGUCAGCCAACUACUGAGUACUCCUUCCAAGAUAUAACUUCCAGUCUUCACUCAUCCAAUCAGAGAUUGAAAACAACAUUGGAUGACUUAAAUCAAAUAAAAAAUAAUUUGAAUGAUCUGAUCAAAACACUGAAAGAAAAUUUGAACGUGAUGAAUAUGAAUAUUACAAAGUCAUCUGAUGUUAAGGAUGGUCAAUUAUCUGUUGGCAAUAUGAUUGCAGAAAUUCCUAGUAUUGGUGAAACAAAAUAUAUGUAUUAUGCUUAUGGAACUGGUAUAUUACUUUUGUCUACUUUCAUAUUAUUCUUAAUUAAUAGAUGAAAAUGAUAUGGA